AUGACCGUUGAAACAAAGCCGAAUAUGGCAAGUAUUCCAGCUGGAGAUGAACCACAAGCCUAUGUCUUUGGUCCAGAUUCUAUUCUCCUGGAUUAUACCGGAACGUAUGUGUUAAUUGAUGGUUGUAGUACCGCACGUAGUUUUGUAAAAAACGUUAACAAAGUAAGUGAAGCUAUUCUCUCAAAUGUCAACGAAGCCAGUCUCGGUUGUAUAUCUGAGCAGGUUGAGAAGGAUGUCAUCACAUACUCUGCUCUACCUAACCUUAAAGAAGCCGGUCUUGAUGGAAGCGCUCAAAACUUGGCUCAUAAAAUUCAAAAAGCUAACGAAAACGCUGAAACUAAACUCCGUUUCAAUCCAAAGUACGAGCCUGUUCUUAUAGAUAAGAGAGGACAUAGUUCUGUUAAAAUUCAUGUAUUAGAUGGAGCACGCAAGGAAUCUUUAGACGCUCUUGAUAAAGCCCUUACAAACGGAUCAGAAGUUGAUUUGCAUCGAGUUUCUAAUCAACAUGGAUUAAUCUUUGUACUCGUUUGGUCAAGCAAAUUCAAUGAGCCUGUCAAAAGAGUUCUAUAUAGUGGAAACGCUCCUUAUGAUCGUAUCAUUCAAGCUCUUGAGAAGGCUAGUUCCUUAAAUGUAAUAACACGAGAAGUAGUAACACCAGCAUCAAUGAUUGAAGCUCCUAUUGCUUCUGGUGUAUCCAAAGUAAAAGCCAUCGGAUCAACUGCAACACCUUUCUCAUUGAAAGACAAGAUUGAAGCUAAAAAAAGAGCUGAUGCCGCUGCUGCUGCUACCCGACCUACUGCUAGAACCUCUACUGGUCCGGCUGCUAGAACAUCUACAGCCACUACUAAAGCUCCUCCAACUCGCACAUCAACAUCCACCCUAUCAGCAGCCCGGCGUUCUCCAAACUUAUCUACGUCUUCAUCCCGCCCUGCUUCUAAGACUUCAACACCAUCAGCUGCUAAUCCUUCAUCUCGUCUUUCUGCACGUUCAACACUUCCUCCUUCUAGACCAAGCACUACUACUAAGCCUACUACCAAACCAACUACUACUCCUGCUAGCUCUACCGCAAGCCGAACAACAGUUAAAAAGACAGGUCCACCUAGUACUGCUUCAACUACCACUAAAACUGCAACUGCACGAGUGCCAUCAUCUUCGACAGUACCAGGAAAGCUUACACGUGCAACUGCACCCAAGGCUUCACACCCACCUGCAAGAUCCAAUGUUGCAACUUCUGCUGCUUCACGGGCAGGACCUGCUCAAGCAAAAACGUCCACGACUUCAAAUGUGAAAAAAGCAGCUCCUGAAUCAGUUGAGGAUUCGAUUGUUUUCGUUGGUGAGUAUAUAACGAUCGAGGACACUGUUGAUGAAUCUAGAGUAGUGUUAAAUGAAAAAGACGAAAAUAGGAUGCUAACUAACAUGGGAUCGAAGGGCUUAAACAAAGGUUCAUUUUCACCAACUGAUAUUAAUGAAGAAAAUAUGUUAUCGACUAACUAUGCAAUGAACAAGGAAGUUUCGGAAAACCCUUCAUUACUCUGCGAUGAACAAGCCAUUUCUAAUCAAGUGAAUGAAAUUGCUUCUCAUACUCAACAUUCAGAAGUUCCUUCUCUCAACUCAUUUGAAACUGAGAAGGAUAUCGCUGAAGGGGCUGUUUUCGAGAAGGACAAAACCUCUGAUGAGCUCGAAACGACAAUUAUCGAGCUUGAUAGCGAAGCAUCUCAUGUAGCACCAAUUUCCUCUGAAACUUUCACUAAGGAAAAGAGUGCUACUCCCGAAGUACAGGAAGUAGAGGCUAAAGAAGUAGCUGAUGAAUCCUCAAUCACUCUUCUGGAUGUGUUGGAAUCAUCGAAUGAUUCUGAAAUUGUGGAAAUAAUAUCGGUUAAACAGAAAGACAUCACUCCUGCUCCUGAAGAAUCCGGGGCUACCAUAGAUUCUGAGCCAGUUGUCUCUUCAACGGAAGUUGAAUCACACACUUUGCUCGAUUUCAAUGACACUCCUAAUGUGAGAGAUUUCGACCCAAUCCGGGAGGACACUGUAGAUUCCACCAGUGCAUCGAACAGUUACAAGAAUCCUAUGGAUAUUUCUGAUAUCAGAAGUACCUCUAUGUUCAAUGACACUCUUGGAAUAACUUCUUUUGCUGAUCCUCAUAACGAAGCCAUUGUUGCUGAUUCUACAAUUAACGGUGCUACAAUUUUGAUUCCUCAAAUCCCUGAUGCUGAUGGCUUGUUGGAUCAUAUUGAAGAACCCUCUGUACUGCGUCGAAUCAGUAUGGACACUGACACACUUACCGAUCAGUUGGAGCAAAUGGGUAAUGACGGUCAAACAACACAAGUUAAUGAAGAUCUUCUUGAAGAGCUCAGCCGUCAAACGGUGAAAGAAGCAAUAGAGAAAGCUCAAGCUUCUCUUGUAUCUGACCCAGCUUCUACUAACGAUGAAUCAUCCGUCGUUCAGAAUGAGCAUGAGAAAGAUCACUCUGACAGUCACCAAACUCGAAAUGAAAUGGAUACUGGACUUUCACUCGAUAACUUGACUAUUGAAGAACAAACCAGAAAAAUAAGUCAACAUUUAAUUGAUUCUGCUCCUACUGAAAUCGCCACCGCUUUGGCUCACUCAAUGAUGGAGGGUAUGCAAAACGCUGCUUCACAUCUUGCGAGUGAGGAAAAUGAUCAAUCUUCCGAAACUGAAAAGGUUUCUACUGAUGAAUCGAAAAAAGAUGCUUCGAACGUUGAUAAGAUGUUGCCAAUGCAAUCAAGAUCUAGUGUUGUCGCCGAAUCCGACGAUCAUGAAGUAGUAUAUGAGAAGCCUGAUCCUAUCAUGGGUGAUAUUCUCGAGACAGUUGCCGCAGAUUCUGAACGUGUUGAUAACGAUUCUCUCAAAUCCUCAGACCCCAAUCUCAUUAAUGUCUUUGACGCCACAAAUGUCGUUCGUCAAUAUUGGACAGUUACCAAUAGAGGAAAUGGCCCUCAUUUGAAAAAGGAACGCUAUUUCGAAUUAGCAACUGUUCCUCACAACGGAUCAAAAUGCUCACUGAAAAAUCUUGAUGAAGCUUGUAAUUAUUUCCAUUCUAUCAGAUCCAAAAAUUACAUUUUGGCUAGUGAAGACUUGCCCGUGUACGUUUUAGAAGGAUGGCUAGAAGCUAAGAAAGGAUGGGGAAAUCCAGACAUGGCCACAUCUUUAAUAUUAACUGUUUCGGCUAACUGUCUGACGACAUUCACUGAAAGCCACGCCGCAGAGCUUGCUGCUCAACAUAUGAGUAUCCCAGCUCCAAUUACUAAUUCCCACAUAACUGUACAAUACGAGACUGGGCAGGAAAGAUUUAACAUUAUAAGAUUAAAGUUGUAA